GCUUAAGGGCUUCCCCCAGCGAAACCCCCUCGCGCGCGCUCACACGUCACUGUGCUCCAGUCGCGCGGAGAGAAUGCGGUGAUGGAGGCGAGCGCGCGCCCUCGGUCCCUCGCGCUCUUCCUCCUGCUCCUGUUCUGCGUCUCGCGAGCUUCCUCGUUCCUGAACCCGUUCAGCGAGUGCGCGCAGAGCCGCGGGAGAGGCGCGUCGUACCGCGGCUCGGUGGACGUCACGGAGUCGGGCGCGCGGUGCAUGAACUGGAGCGAGGUGAGCGGCGUGAGCGCGCGCUACCCAGGCAGAGGACUCGGCCAGCACAACUUCUGCAGGAACCCGGACUCCCGGAUCCGGCCCUGGUGCUUCUUCCGCAACGCGCGCGGACGCGUCGACUGGGGCUACUGCGACUGCAAACAAGGCUCUGUGCGCCUGCAGGGUGGCAGGUCUAAGUUGGAUGGGACAGUAGAGGUGUACAUGAAUGGUGCAUGGGGGACGAUCUGUAGCAACGACUGGGACGAUAGAGACGCUCAGGUGGUGUGUCGACAACUUGGGCAAGGGUAUAAAGCACGAGCACGCGCGAGCUCCCUAUCUAGGCUGCCUCUGGCUGUAGUGCACUGGAAGACAAUAGGAUGCAGUGGGGACGAAGCCGACUUGCUGCAGUGCCCUCGGAUGGUUUGGAACGGAGGAGAGUGCGCCAACCAUCAGGCCGCUGCAGUCACAUGCACUCCAGUCGAGGCUUCUUCAUUUGUGACAGUGCGUCUCGCUGGAGGAGGGAACGCAUACGAAGGUCGAGUGGAAGUGUAUCACGCUGGACAGUGGGGCACGGUGUGUGACGACCAGUGGGACAAUAACGAUGCUGAGGUGGUGUGCAGACAACUGGGCCUGAGCGGCACGGCUAAAGCCUGGGUCGGGGCAUAUUUCGGCGCGGGUGUGGGCCGCGUGUUGCUGGACGAAGUGAGCUGUACAGGAAACGAGCUCUCUAUAGAGCAAUGCCCGAAGACCGCCUGGGGAGAACACAACUGUGAUCACACCGAGGAUGCCGGAGUGUCCUGUACACCGCUUAUAGAUGGAUCGGUGCGCUUGGUGGGCGGAGCAGGGGGGUUUGAGGGAAGGCUGGAGGUUCACUAUCAGGGCCGAUGGGGAACGGUGUGUGAUGACGGCUGGACAAGCGUCAACACGCAGGUCGUCUGCAGACAGCUGGGAUACAGAUCAGGACAGAAUGUGAACCCGGAGCGUUUCGGUGCGCCGUCGGGGCCGAUUUUCCUGGAUGAUGUGAGCUGUAGCGGGAAAGAGCCAGCGCUCACACUCUGUGCCAAGAAAGAGUGGCUCAGACACGACUGCAAACACACAGAGGACGUGGCUCUAAUCUGCAGCACCCAACGCACCGGACAUGGAGUGCCAGGCAGUGUACCGCUCCGACUGGUGGGCGGAGAGAACGAGAGAGAAGGGCGGGUGGAAAUUCUACUGGCCGGGAAAUGGGGGACGAUCUGCGACGACGGAUGGACAGAUGAGGACGCAGAGGUGGUGUGUAGGCAGCUGGGAUACAGUGGUGUAGCCAAAGCUCGCGUCAUGGCGUAUUUUGGAGAAGGACACGGGCCUAUACAUGUCGACAACGUGAAGUGCACCGGAGCCGAGCGCUCGCUGACCGACUGCAUCAAGCAGCCAAUAGGAAGCCACAACUGUCGCCAUAGCGAGGAUGCCGGAGUCAUAUGUAACUACAUGCAGCGGGAUAACAACACCCGUGUCAAAGAUGUCGCAAGCUCUGUGUGUGGUUUGAGGCCCGCACACACACGGAGGAAGAGGAUCAUUGGUGGACAGAACUCGAUCCGGGGCGGGUGGCCGUGGCAGGUCGCGGUGCGAUUGCGUGGCUCUCAGUCAGACGGCCGGCUGGUGUGUGGAGCCACUCUGAUCAGUAGCUGCUGGGUCCUGACAUCGGCACACUGCUUUAAAAGGUACGGAAACAGCACCGGUACGUAUAAAGUACGCGUCGGUGAUUAUCACACCCUCGUUCCUGAAGAACACGAAGACGAAUACGGCGUGGACAGAAUCGUCCUGCAUCCUCGCUAUCUCCCGCAGAGCACCGACUACGACCUCGCUCUGGUGCGCUUGACGCAGCGUGGAGGUGAUACAGGUCAAAGCAGGAAGUGUGUCCGCCAGAGUCACGCCGUUCUUCCAGUGUGUUUGCCGGAAUGGAAGGAAAGAGCGCCGAAGGACUUGACUAAGUGCUACAUUACUGGCUGGGGAGACACGGGUCGUGCAUACUCCAAAACUCUGCAGCAGGCUGCCAUCACUGUCCUGAGCAAGCGCCUUUGCGAGCGCCACUAUGGCAACCAGCUGACCAGCCGCAUGCUGUGUGCUGGCUCAGCCCUAAGCGGGCACCAUGUGGACAGUUGCCGUGGCGACAGCGGUGGCCCGUUGGUGUGCGAGCGAGAUGGCAGCUGGAUUGUAUAUGGCGUCACGUCCUGGGGUCACGCGUGCAGACUGCAGGACUCUCCGGGUGUGUACACCAAAGUGUCUGCUUUCGUGCCCUGGAUCACCAAGGUCACGAGCCAGUAGGAGAUGGGAUCGACUGGUUGGAGAUGGUGAAUAAUGAUGGGUGCUAUGAUGACUCAGAUGACUGAAAGAAAGACUUUGCUAAAGUCUAGAACAUUACGAGCUGUGGUAAUGAAAACAAUGUGAUAGCUCAGCUACAGAUAGCUGCCAUCAACAAUGUAUUUUCUCUUUUGUGGGUUUUAACUGCAGCACUUGUGAGUAUAGUGAUUUGGUUACAGGGACCACUAUGUACAUACAAAGGGAGCACAAAAUAUACACCGAUCAGCCAUGACGUCAGUGAUCAGUGAAUUCAAAUAUAAGGUAAAUCCAAGGUUCGUCUCUGCCUGUGGGUAGCAGAACACCCAGUUCAUCAAGGCCACCGACUCCGCCUCCCAAGUCUCCCAGACCCCAAUCUGAUCAAGCACCCACAGGAUACACCGGACAAACAAAUGGGCGCGACCUACAGCACCAGAAGUAUCCACGCCAACUCGGACUCCAUGCCCCGAGGGGUCGAAAUCGUUAUGGGGCCACAUAGGGAACCUAAACCCUAGAUGGUUUUAAUGUUAAUGUCAUGUAGAUGAGACUGUAAAUUCAUGUUGGCAGGCUAAAAGAAGUUUUUAUAUCCUGUGACAUUUGAUCGACAUCAUCAACAUCCUUAACUCCUCCCGGGAAAGAUGACCUAGUUUAAAGCGAAUGAGAUGUGAAUAAUUGGGGAGAUAUGACCAGUACUUCCAUGAAUAAUAAUAAUUCACACAAACUCAGAAGUUUGCACUAAAUUCUCAGUGAGCACAAAAUACGUGUAACAUGUAAUGAAUCAACAAUCAGAUUUCAGAAUUAAUUAAAAAAUUCUGCUUGGAUUUAAAAUACCAAAGACUUUGCGACUAAGAAAAAUAAAGUAAAUAAAAAAUACACCUAAGACUUCGUAAUAUAAAUUGCACAUCCACAGGAGCAGCCUGUCAGGUCAUCAGCUGGCGGCAACAUUAAAUCAAUGUAAAGCAGUGUAUACACACACAAGCACAGAUGGAUCGAAUAAAUAAAAAAGAAUCAUAAACUCCUCCAAAGUUUAUGAUCAUUUUUACCCACCGUUAAUUUUAACAACAUACACUGCCAGUCAAAGUAGGUUUUUUAGGAAGUAUGUUUUUGGAAUAUUACAGCUUAAUCGAUAUUAGCAAUUAAAUGAAUUUUUUUUUGUUUCCCAUCAUAAUCCAUAAUAUAAUUUUUUUUUAAACUAUGUCCACUCCUCGAUUUUAUUCGACCAAAACACAGUAUUGGUGCUGAUUUAAUUGUUUUAUGUAAUACAUAUAAUACAGAAAAUGUGUGUGCCAAAGAAGCUGUAAACUUUAGCCGUUUUGGAGAGAUGAUUUUUUACGUGCCCUAAAAAUGGCUAUUUUUUAGUUUCGUACUGUCUUGCUUCAAAUAAUAAUAUUAAUUUAAAAUGCAAGUUAUUGAUAUUUCUUUAUGAGUAUAGAUACUAGAAUUGGUCUAAGCUUCUAGAUCAUAUGACCAGUAAAAAGUGUUGCAAAAUUAAGGAUUUUUCCUUAAAUUUUUUUGCAAAAUUAUU